CUCUGCCAACACCCGCGGAAGGUGGAGCUUCGGCCGCGCUGCGUCGCAGGCGUCAGAAUCCUCGAUUUCCAACUUCUCGUCUUGGCCGGACCUUUUGGCGGAGCGCGCAAAGGAAAGUGGGGUGAGAGAGAGAGAGAGAAAGCCCUUCUCCGUCCAAAGGAGGGAGGCAGAGAGAUAAGGCGAAGGAGUAGGAGAAGAGGGGGAGGAGGAAGAGGAGGGGAGAAAAGAAGAAGGGAGCCAUUCGCCGGAGUGCGUCCAAGCUCAGCUCGGCUGCACUGGAGAGGCGGCGAAGGAGGGCGCGCGCGUCGAGCCCGCUAGCCCCGGCUUGCAGAAGCACCCUUGGAGGCGGACCUCGACGACGCUCGCCGUAGAGAGAAACUCACAGGGCGCCCGGGAGAAAGGGAGGCAGGGAGGGAGGACGGACGCAGUUCCUGGCGACGGCGGUGGUGGCUGUGUGCUCGCUGCCUGGCGGGUAUAUGCCUGCCUCUGGCCAUGUCGUAUCCUCAGGGUUAUUUGUACCAGCCGUCAGCUUCCUUGGCGCUCUACUCCUGCCCGGCGUACAGCACCAGCGUGAUCUCCGGCCCCAGGACGGAUGAGCUGGGCAGAUCGUCGUCCGGCUCGGCUUUCUCUCCGUACGCCGGCUCCACCGCCUUCAGCGCGCCCUCGCCGGGUUACAACUCACACCUCCAGUACGGCGCUGAUCCGGCGGCGGCGGCCGCAGCCGCUUUCUCGUCUUACGUGGGCUCGCCCUACGACCACACCCCCGGCAUGGCCGGCUCUUUGGGGUACCACCCUUACGCGGCUCCCUUGGGAUCCUACCCCUACGGCGACCCGGCAUACCGGAAAAACGCCACCCGGGACGCCACGGCCACCCUCAAGGCCUGGCUGAACGAGCACCGGAAAAACCCUUACCCCACCAAAGGCGAGAAGAUCAUGCUGGCCAUCAUCACCAAGAUGACCCUCACGCAGGUCUCCACCUGGUUCGCCAACGCCCGGCGACGUCUCAAAAAGGAGAAUAAAAUGACCUGGACUCCCCGGAACCGAAGCGAAGACGAGGAGGAAGAGGAGAACAUCGACUUGGAGAAGAACGACGAGGAGGAGCCACAGAAGCUCGAGGAGAAGGGCGAUCUGGAGGCGAUCGAGAUAGGUGUUGGAGACCCGAAGGGAGCCGCGGCAGGCAAAGAAGGCGACGGCGCGUUGAGCGACUCGGAUUGUAAAGAAGCCCCCGACGAGGGGCUAUCUAAAGGAGGCCCCGGGGCCUCGCCGCCUUUGGCCCAUUGUCUGCCGGCGGCAGCGGCUGCUGCUGCAGCAGGCCGCCUCCUCCAAGCGCACCAGCAGCUGCACCCGGCCGGAGGAGACGACCCGCAGCCAGCCCACCCGCUGCCCGCCCAGUACAGACCCCCUUCGACGGACCUGCACCCCCUCCUGCCUUCCAGCAACGGGACGUCGGUGAUCCACUCGCCCCAGGCGGCUCCGCAGGCGGCGGGAGCCGGGGCCCUUUCCAAGCCUAAACUGUGGUCUUUGGCGGAGAUCGCCACCUCAGCGGACAAAUCGAAGGAGGGCAGCGGCGAGGCGGCCCCGCAGGGUCCGAAUUUAGCCGGAGCCGGCUCGGCGCAAUCCCCGACGGCGCGGUCGCCUUCCUCCACGCACUGCCCUUUCCCCAAUGGCGCCUCGGUCCUUUCGCGGCCCCUCUAUUACACCACCAGCCCCUUUUACCCGGGUUACACGAACUACAGCUCUUUCGGACACCUCUCCGGCAAUGCGGCGACGGCGGGGAACCCCAGCCCCCAUUUUAACGGAUUAAACCAGACUAUUUUGAACAGAGCUGAAGCCUUGGCUAAAGAAACUAAAAUCCUCAGAAGCCAGUCCCAGUUUGAUCUUAGUAAAGACUCGCCUUACGAACUGAAGAAAGGUAUGUCGCAUAUUUAAUCUUGAGUAUCUUCCCAGAUUAAACCCUCUUCGCCAUCCACAACCGGACUAUCCCCUCUCCCUUGAUUUUUCUUUUCUCUUUUAAUUUUUGUGUUAUCUGUUUCUUUCUGCUUCUUUAUUGUUGUUGGUUUUAAUUUAUUUACAACCAAUUCAGACUUGAUUUUGGCAGAGGUUUUUUAAAAAAAAAUUAAAAAGAGAGUACUAAGUGAGGAAGGAGGAAAGCAAGAAAACAAGGGGGAAGAGAGAAACCCAGACCACUCCAUUUUCCAAAAUCAGUGGUAUAAUUUAUUUGAGAAAGCAGAUAGUAAGCAACUCUUGGGAGGAGAAUUAAUAAUAAUAAUAAUGUCUUAAGGUAAAAUGUGCAGGAAGUGCGGGGAGAGAGGAAAAAAACCCACAUGGGGAGGGCGGAGGAAGGCAGAAACAAUUUGUAUGAAAUGUUAUUCUGUAUUUAAUGUAGCUUUUUUGUAUUUAAAUCGGUAACACUAUCUUUGAAGUAAAUUAUGAAAUCCAACCGCCUGUACAGCCAUCAAUGUUGGUUUUUUUGGUAAUAUAAAAUAUAAAUAUAUAUAUAUAAAUAUAUAUAUAUACAUUUCUGUGUCUUUUCCCAAAUUGUUUCAUAGUUUUAAAAUCUAUCUAUAUAUAUAUACAAGUUUAAAUUAAAUUUUUAUGCCUAUUGAAUUACGAUUAGUAGUAUUAUAUUAUUACUCGAUGCGAAGAACUUUUUUUAAAAUUAGGGGAAGCGGAAGAAGUCAGUCAACCCACGGGAUUAAGUAUAAAAAUGCAGAUGCUCCUUUGUCAAAUGUAUUUAAUCAAAGCAUAGAGUUUUUUAAAAAAUACAAAUUUAUUUCUUCAUUUUGCUGGCAAAGUGGAGCCGACAGAAGGAAAUGUGGGUUGGGGCGGAGACUCCUAACAAAAGACAUAUUUAGAGUACAUUCCUUCCACCACCACUCUUAAAAGGGGAAAGGGGGGGGGAGCGGAAAUCUGCACUCUAAGAAUUUAACUGAAAGCAACUUUUCCAAGUGAGGGAAGGAUGUUUCCUGAACGCAGGCGAUUUGGGGAAAGCCUCUACAUUUGGCAUAAGUUCCAACUGGUGGAUUUGGUGACAGGUGGGACCAGGAAGAAAGGCGAAAGAAUACAGGGGUGAGCGGGGGAGGGAGGAUGCCGUGAAAUAUGUACAGGUGAUUGACUUGUGAAAGGAAGCGCCGGGGACGUUCCGGAUCUAAUGAGGGCCUGUCAGGGGAGUUAAUUCAGUCUGAAAAUCUGCGGGCUUGAUCCCCGCGAAGGAUGAGUGGCCUUCUAAUUCUGCCUCGUUAAGCGCGCAGAAGGUCUCAGGGUUCGGUCUCUUUGCAUCUCCUUUUUUUAAAGGGUUUCGGGCAGAAAAGCUGGGAAAGAUCUCUGCCAGAGAGACCUUGGAGUAGCCCUGAGCUAGCUGGGACCCAUGAACUGAUUCAGGUUUCCCCUACCCCACCGCCUCCCUGGGGACCCAGUCCCGUGAAUGCUAAGGGGGACUCUGAACGUCUAUCGCUUGUAGCUUGCUGCUUGUCGAGCGGGGUGGAUGGAUGGAUGGGUGGAUACAGGAGGAGAGGAUGGAGAUUUCCUGUGAAAGUGCACUCAAAAGCGCAGGAUGGCAACAGCGGACCGUCUCUUAACCUAAUUACUUUUAAUCAGUGUCGGGCUUUAUGCAAAGCAGUCAGCUCGUGAACUUUGCUAAUGAGUUCGAUUUUAUGCCAGAUUUAUCCCUUAUUACUAUUUCAAAGGUCUGCAGAGUUUUUACGGAGAGGGAUAGGGGGAAUACAUAUUAAAAGAGAAUAC